UGAAAUUUAUACAAAUCAACGGCUUCUUCUUGAUCUUCAGCUUAUCAAUUUCCACCUUUCAACGUUCAUCUUCUCUUCUUCGUUACUCUACGAUACAAAACAUUCAAUUCGCUAUUUCAGGUUUUUGAUCGCAUUCGACACGAUGUUGCAAUGGAUGGGAGGAUCGAGAAGGAAAGUUACUGCUUCGAGGAUGUCUACACAGAAGAGGCAGAAGCAAUACUUUGAACAAAGGAAGCGACAACAACAAAAUGUUCAUAUCACGGGGUCAGAUAAUCGGGCUGAAAGCUCAGGCGUAGGUGGACAAAUCCACAAAGAACAUCAGUCUCUGGACAUUCUUAAUUUGCUAAACUUAUCAAAAAAUGCACAGGAAUACAAUUCUUUCAGCCAGAAUGUGAAAGGGAGGGACGAUGGAGACGUCUUUUCUGUGAUGCCAGGCAUUGUCUCAAGAAAUCAACCAAGAAUACCUACCAUAGAGGAGACUACUGCAAAUGCUUGCGGAUUUGAAGAAAAAGAAGCAGGAGUACCUUUAAGCUGCCAGAUUGAAACAUCACCAAAGAAACUUUUACGAAGUGCUCCCGAUCACCACAGAACCGCUUUUGAUGGACAACAAAGACAUCGGAAGACAGCAACAGAUCCAUACUCACUAUCUGUCAUUGAUUUGCUUUGUGAGGAUGAGCUUAAUCCCACUGUGGAAAAGUCUCCGACUUGUGAAGAUCAUGUUUCUUUUUCACUUGAAGGUUUGGGUAAAGUUGGAACAGAGACACCAGUUCAUUCACCACAACAACAGGCUAGAACUCCAUACAGAAGAUCUCCAUUUCUGAAGGAUGGAAGGAAAGCAAAGUUAAAGAACCUUAGCCACAUGCUGGAUGACAUUGAACUUGAAGUGGAUACAAUGAUGCAAGAUAUUGGGGUUUCACCUAUCAGUUCAAGUUUCCCAUCUAACAAAAUGAAGCAAAGUUCAGCAGUUAUUGAAGACCACAAGCUUUUUUAUGACCAUGCUGACAAAAAUGAAUCUUCCAUUAAUGAAGAGUUCUUCCGCAAGACUGAAAAUAAUGAAAACAAUAAAGACAGAUGGAAUGCAUGUUCUGUCUUCCUUGACGAGAAAUUUGACAAAGGGAUAGGAUAUGAUACCUCAUAUGAGAAGCCUUUUCAAAUGGAUCGUGAAUCUCCUGAAUUAUUUAAAAGAGGGGCCUGCAACAUGGAAAGUUAUGGUUUUGAAGACCUCCUUCCAGCACAAUGGUAUUUAUUUGCUGUAUUUAAGAACACUGCAUACUUUCCCAUGUUUCUUACAAUAAUACUUUUGUCUUAA